UGCAGGAGGUCACUCGUGGCCAAUCAUGUCCUCGGGAUUUCCUCGCAGCGGUUUCUCCUCCUCGUGCCAGAGGAUAAAAAGCUAAUUUCACUGAAGCAGUUGAUAUUUUUCCCGGAAACUCUCACGAUGCUGCAGCUGUUGACAUUCCUGGUGGAGAAGCUCUCUCUCCUCUCCAACUUCAAACUCUUUGAGUCCAGCUGGUCGGACCCUGAGGACCGGGAUCGCGCAGCGCAGCGCGCGCCACCGCCGCCCCUCCGGAGGGGAGACCUGCUGGAGGUGCCCAGGACCCUCUUCACCCACUACGGCAUCUAUCUAGGAGACGGUAGAGUGGCUCACCUGAUCCCUGACAUCCUGCCGGUGCUCACAAACGACACGAAGCUCAUCAGUUCUGUCAUCACAAACAAGAGACUCAUCCUCGGCUGCAUGUUUAAGUGCGCCACAGUGCGCGUGGACACAUUAGAGGACUUUGCAUAUGGCUCCAACAUACUUAUUAACCGCACGGAUAGGCUGAUGAAGAAUCCUGCCAUUCCCAAUGAAGAUGUGGCAAAGAGAGCUGAGAAACUGAUCGGAGCAGUCCCCUACAGUCUGCUGUGGUAUAACUGUGAACAUUUUGCCACAUAUUGCAGAUACGGAUGUGCAGCCAGCAAGCAGACAGAGAAGUUCUGCGAGUGCUUGAAAUCACUCAUCAGAGACGAGCGCAGUGUGAUCGUCACAGGCCUCCUUGGAAUGAUCUCCAUGGUCUGUUUCGGCAUGGCACCAUCAACUACAUUACCCACAAUCCUUAUCCCCUUCACUCUGUGGAUGGCUGGUUAAAGGAGUUCAGCACAAGGAAACCUGCACAAACAAACUGAACUUUUACUUGGCAAGGACUGAAACUUUGUCAGGACGGUGCCUUUCUCUCCUGAUGCCUUAUGAGUCUGCAUUACCACUUUAUUCUCCUUUGAUUGUGUAGACCAGCUAUUCUCAACCUUGGGGUCGGGACCCCAAUUGGGGUCGCGAGAUGAUUUCUGGGGGUCGCCAAAUCUUUUUGGAUAAAAUAUAAAUGCACAAAAUUGAUAUUAAAUUACAUCAUUUCAGAGAGGGACAUGUUUUGGUUGUUUUCUACUUUAUUAUUUGUCCAAAAUUCGUCGUAUCAACUGAACAUGCAUGUUAAAUUGGGGGUCGCGGCUCAAAAAGGUUGAGAACCACUGGUGUAGACGAUGGUUAAUGUUUUCUGUUGAUGCUUUGCUGAUCCUAUAAGAAUUUUUGUCUCAGAAAAUUAUUUGGGAAAUACAUAGGCUACAUUAUUUUUUUAUAUAGGAGUACAGUUAGUGAUUCAUUUCUUUGCUAACAUUUGAAUCCAGACAAAAAUGACUACAGUACUUGAUGUAUAUACGAUGGCUAUUUUUUAGUAGUGUACUUAAUAUAAUGCUGUAAAUAUGACAAAUGUUUAA